AGGCAUCAUUGGACUCUAGUAGUCCUGAUUUUGUGCCAUCUGUGUUCAUGUACACAAAACAAAGCCAGAACCCAAAUGCAAAGAUGGACAGGUACCAUAGGAAAAGGAGGAGAGCUGACACUGCAGCAAAUCAACGUGUUACUUCUGAAACUCCAGAACAAGAAUGCAGCAUGGAUCAUUGUCCUGCUGAAGAGGAUAUCCCAGUUCCAAAGAGAGAGUACGAUGAUCUGAACCUGAGAUACAGUCAACUUCAGGAGGAAUAUGUCAACCUGCGACAGGAAUUUGACACACUACGAGCAGAAAAUGUAAAGCUGAAAGAGGAGCUGCAAAAAUCUACAUUCUCCUACACCACUGUUAAGUGCAACAUUGGACAAUUGAUUUUUCUCACAGGACUGACCUCUGUGGUCUUUGAGUGGCUGAUUACAAAAAUGAUGGGCAGCGUAGAAAGAAUUCACAACAAACUUACAGUAGAGGACCACCUAUUGAUUAUAUUGAUGCAAUUAAGGUUGGGCCUAUGUAAUACUGACUUGGCUUAUAGAUUUCAGGUAUCAAAAACCACCUUAUCAAAUAUUUUGCGGAGCUGGGUCCCUGCUAUGGCCUUGGUCCUCAAGCCACUCAUUAAAUGGCCAAGUAAGGGUGCAGUACUUAAAAAUAUGCCAAAAAUAUUCAAGCGCAACUUUAGAAGAUGCCGGUGCAUAAUAGAUUGCACAGAAAUGUUCAUAGCUAGACCCAGUAAUCUGACUUACAGGGCCCAGACAUGGUCAAACUAUAAACACAACAACACCAUUAAAUAUUUGAUCGGCAUCACUCCAGCUGGUGCAAUUUCAUUUCUGUCUCCUGGGUGGGGUGGAUGGGUUUCAGACAAGCAGAUCACUAAGGAGUCAGGUUUCCUCAAACUUUUGGAGCCUAGGGAUGAGGUUUUAGCAGACAGAGGAUUUAUCAUCAGAGACGAGCUUGCGGCCUAUGGUGCAACCCUUCGUAUCCCUCAUUUCACAAAAGGAAAGAAGCAGCUUUCUGCACAGGAAGUGGACACAUCUAGACAACUUUCUCGUGUGAGGAUCCAUGUAGAGCGAGUUAUUGGUCGGUGGAAAAACUUUAAGAUUUUACAAACAGUUAUUCCUUUGUCGCAGGUUGACAUACUAGAUGAUGUUGUUAUUGUAUGUGGUGCCCUCACAAACCUCUGUAAGAGUGUUGUUCCCAAAUGAGUUACACAUAACCAUGUAUGACUUAUAAAGUGAUUUUACAUUUGUAAAACAUGUAUAUAGGCCUACUGUACUUAAAACUUAAUGCAUUUUAAUAAACCUCCCCACAUUG